AUGUCCAGCCAGGAUCUGAGCAUCACCGCCAAACUCAUCAAUGGAGGUGUAGCAGGGCUCGUGGGGGUGACCUGCGUGUUCCCCAUUGACUUGGCCAAGACCCGGCUACAGAACCAGCACGGCAAGGAUGUGUACAGAGGAAUGGUAGACUGCCUGGUGAAGACGGCCCGCGUGGAGGGUUUCCUGGGCAUGUACCGAGGUGCUGCAGUGAACCUUACCUUGGUCACUCCAGAGAAGGCCAUCAAGCUAGCAGCUAAUGACUUCUUCCGGCAGUUGCUCAUGGAAGACAGGACACAGCGGGACCUGAAGAUGGAGAUGCUGGCCGGCUGUGGGGCUGGAAUGUGCCAGGUGGUGGUUACCUGCCCCAUGGAGAUGCUGAAGAUCCAGCUGCAGGAUGCUGGGCGCCUGGGUAAGGUGUACCCCGUCUUAUCUUCAGCCUGGGGAGGCUGGCCCCACAGCGCCGGCAUGCCGUCCGCCUCCAGACGCCCGUCCGCCACGCUCAUUGCCCAGGAGCUGCUUCGCACGGAGGGCCUGUCUGGUCUCUACAAGGGCCUGGGGGCCACUCUCCUCAGGGACAUCCCCUUUUCCAUCCUGUACUUCCCCCUGUUCGCCAACCUCAACCACCUCGGGGUCCAUGAGCACACAGGAAAGGCGUCCUUCGCUCACUCCUUCCUGUCCGGCUGUGCGGCAGGGUCCGUGGCAGCUGCCGCGGUCACCCCCCUGGACGUUCUGAAAACUCGAAUCCAAACCCUCAAGAAAGGGGUGGGUGAGGAGACCUACAGCGGGGUCACGGACUGUGCCAGGAAACUCUGGACUCAGGAGGGACCCUGGGCCUUCAUGAAGGGAGCGGGCUGCAGGGCCCUGGUCAUAGCGCCUCUUUUCGGCAUUGCCCAGGGGGUCUACUUUGUCGGGAUUGGAGAGCACGUCUUACAGUACCUUGAGUAGACCUAGAGCCGGUCCUGCCCUGUAUACUACCUCAGUUACAGAUGCAGCAGCGGAGGGAGUCUACAGCCCCUUCUUCGUGAAAUCUGAAUUUCCUUUAGGAGGGGGAGACUGCUAGAGAU